GAUAAGAAGAGAAAACGUGAGUUAGAGAGAGUUUUGGGGGAUAACUAACUAAUCUAAUCUUGGAUUCGUUCAUGCUGUGCUGUAAAGCGAAGCCUAUCACUCGUGUUCAAUGUAAUGCAAUCAUUCGGAUUCUGCAUUGUUAUCAUCACUACCUAUUUAUUUACCACAUACAUAUAUUUGGCAUGCAUUUCUUAUUUAGAGUUUUUUAUCGGUUGAAUUAUCACAUUCUAAGUUUGUGCAGAAACGAUGAAUUAGUAGGUAUGAGCUAUUUGUGGAGGGGGAGAGGGAAUGAAAGAAAGUGCAAUUGAAUUGAAUUGAAUUGAGUUUAGUUGAAUUGAAAUAACCUAAAGAUCAAGAAAUAAGAAGAAUUGUUGUUGUUGUUGUUGUUGGAGGGGAUGGGAACAUGCCUCUCGGUGACAGGGGCAUCGGCCUCCAUAGAUACUUUGGAUGAAUCAUCAACAGUGACUCCAACAACUUCCUUUGAUCAUAGCACAGAAAUGCGCGUCCACAGAGUUCCUGGCAGAUUAUUCUUGAACGGAUCAUCGGAGACAGCCUCCUUGUUUUGUUUGCAGGGUCACAAAGGGGUCAACCAGGACGCUAUGCUUCUUUGGGAGAACUUCUCUUCCAGAGACGACACCGUUUUGUGUGGCGUUUUCGAUGGCCAUGGACCCAAUGGCCACAUGGUUGCCAAGAAAGUCAGGGAUUCCUUCCCUUUGAAGCUCAUUGCUCAAUGGAAUUUGUAUUAUCCCAACAACAACGAUAGCAAUUACAAUUACUAUGAUCCUCUUCGUAAAUCGUUUCAUGAGAAACUCACUGCCGUUGCCCCAACCAAUUUCGCCACGCUCAGAGAAUCCCUUGUGAACGCUUGUAAGGUGUUGGACAGAGAACUCAAACUGCACCAUCAGAUUGAUUGCUCUUGCAGUGGAACCACGGCUGUUACCUUGCUCAAGCUGGGCCCCGACCUUGUUAUUGCCAAUGUGGGGGACUCCAGAGCUGUGUUGGGUACCCGAGAUCUUCAAGGGUCCCUUACUGCUGUUCAGUUGACCACUGACCUUAAGCCAAAUCUUCCAAGGGAAGCAGAGAGGAUAAGGAUUUGCAAAGGAAGGGUGUUUUCCCUUAAAAAUGAACCUGGGAUUGAUCGAGUGUGGCUCCCCAACGUUGAUUCACCUGGGCUUGCCAUGGCGCGAGCUUUUGGAGAUUUUUGUCUCAAGGACUUUGGAGUCAUCUCUGUUCCUGAUGUCUCCUAUCACCGCCUCACUUACAAGGAUCAAUUUGUUGUAUUAGCCACAGAUGGGGUAUGGGAUGUUUUAUCAAACAAACAAGUCGUGGACAUUGUGGCAUCUGCUCCACGCUCUUCGGCGGCUCGAGUACUGGUUGACUCAGCUGUUGAGGCAUGGAAAACCAAACUUCCCACUUCCAAGGUUGAUGAUUGCACUGUAGUUUGCCUCUUCUUUGAUUCAGAGUCAGACUUAAAAUCACCAUCUAACAACAGUAGGAAUGCCGUUGACCACUCAUCACUACUUAGAGUGGAAUCUGAAAGAAAGCACCAAUAGUACACUUUUUAUGCCUCACCUUAUUAAUAUUUAGGUGCCCAGGCAGGAUUAGGCUGCAUCACUUUUACAAAUUACACUCACAUCUUAUGAGGUUUAUCAAAUUUUCAUUUAAAUAACAUUAAAUAUAUCUUUUCCAUUGUAUAGGUGGAAAAAUGUCAAAAGUAAAGUAAAAAAAUAAUUUUAUUAAACAUCAGGAGUGUGAGCUGUAAUUUGUCUUAUAUAUUUGCAGGGAAAAGGGAUCUUGUCUUUCUUUUUUUAUCCUUUUAGAUGGAGUUCUGCUCCUUCUCUGUAUAUCUGGUAGAUGUGGACUUUCAUAAAUCAAGUCUCUGGAUUGUAUUAUAUAGUUUAUCCAGUGGAUAGCUCGAAACAAAGAGUUCAAAAGAUUAGGGGACUUGUUUUUUUUUU